AUGUCAAAAUUUGAAAUCUUAAUUGCCGGUACGGGAAAAACAGAAUCGGUUAAGGUCCUUGGUAUUGGAAGGAAUUUUUGUCGACUGAUCUUGCUGAAAACUUGUGUUCCUGUAUGUUGGGAUAGUGGAUCACCUGGAACGUCUUCGUUUGGUUGGACCAAGAUCUAUGAAUUUAAUGAAUCAGAUCAAGAUUUUGCAAUAAACACAAUUGACACUUGGUUGGACUCUGUCGCUCAGGGCAGAACUAAUAUUUCUCCUGAUAAAAUCCCUUGGGAAACUAUGCGUUCAUUGAUUACUAUUUCUGGUCAUGGUGGUCGUAUUGAUAACGAAUUUGAUAAGCGUCUAUUGGAAUUUUUUGUUAACAGCUUAUUCACGCCAGCUGCCUAUGAACUUGAAUAUACACUUGUCGAUGUUGAAGGCUCUGACAACUUGGUUACACCAGAAGGUAGUAAGUUAGAUCAUUUCAUGAACUGGGUUAAUAAACUUCCCGAAAGACAGCCACCUAUUUGGUUAGGAUUGCCAAGUAACGCUGAAAAGUAUUGUCCACAAGCAAAGUCGCAUAUACACAAGAAACAAGUUCUAGUAUCUGCCUGGAUGCGUGUUCUUUACAGUAGUAUUGAAAAUUGGAUGAAGUUAUUACCAGAAAAAUUAACUUCCAUGAAUCGUACUGCAGACAGUAUCAAAAAUCCAUUAUUCAGAUUUUUCGAUCGUGAAAAUCAAAUAGGUCGCGCUCUUCUCAAGAAAAUACGUCAAGACUCAAGGAAGUUUGCGAUGGUGAACUUAAGCAAACUAAUCAUUUGCACUCAUUCUUUAUUUAGAUAUUUUAAUUUAUUAGUUAUGAUAGGAGGUCUUUUCAUGCCUGAAGCAUAUGUCACAGCCACACGUCAAGAAGUAGCACAAUCGCACAAAUGGUCACUAGAAGAAUUAAGGUUAGAAAUCGACCUUAACAGAAAAGGAGAUAAAGAUUCACAGGAUUAA